GUUUUCGACGAAGGAGUCGCCGGGUUUACAAAUUUACGAACAAUCAGUGCAACAUUUCUAAAAAAAGAAAUCAGAAAGCAAUAUUCAGCCCUCCUUGAGACUGGAAUGCUCCGCCCUCUGGUGUUCUAGCUCCACCCAGCCACUCAUUUUCCGCCCAACGCUCCCAUCAGCCAAUGGAUAUUGGCACCCUGCUGUCUGCCGCUUGCAUGCACCGCCCAGAUAAACGGCUGCUGAAAUCUGGCUCUUUCGCGGCGAGGACGACUAUGAAUUGUAAACUGGAAUGGGGCGUGUAAUUGAUAAUUACGUUGAUUGCAUGUGCGCAAGGUGCCAAAAGAAAUUCCAUAUUUUCAAUAGGCACUGAAGUCAUCACAAGUAAGGUGACGACAGUAUUGUGAAAAAGGUGGGAUUAGAUAAAUCUGAUUUUUUAAAAUUCAAUUAUAUACAAGUUGUGCAUUCUCCUGCCAUUUAAAUAAAAGUUGAAGUGAAAGUGUUUAACCGUAUUGGAUUUCCAACAGCUCAUUAUAGAUAAGAUUCCGAGUGUUAUUGAUUGACUCCGUGGACGUAUCUUGCAGGCGGUGGUGGUUUAUCUGGAGUCAGAAGGCAGUCCGUCCAAACAUGGACGUGGGCACGAACCUGUCACUGCGCGCUAACGCGUUCAGCAUCAGCAGCCUGAUGUCAGGGCCGCUUGCCGACCUAGGACUGUCGGGGCUGGGCUACCAGUUCGUGCCGCCACAGCGAUCCACGGACUGCUCAUUCGACUGGGGCCAAAACGGGCCAUAUGGUCCUGGCAUGAAGACCAUGGAAGCUUGCCUGAUGAACGCGGGGACGGGGCGACCGCUUUACGACACCAUGCGUCUGGAAAACGCUGAGGCUGCCCUGCCGCGCACCAACCUCACCGACUCCCUGCUGGAUGGCGACAAAGGCAACACGGACAUAAACCAAAAUAGCCAGGGCGACCGGAAGUCCCCGGGCUUGGACUGUUCCAUGUGCGAGGCGGCGGAGGACGGGGACGAUGUCGUUAAGCCACUGCACGGAAAACUGGCUGGCGUCUCAUGUCAGCUCGAGAUGAAGUCACUGUGGGACGAGUUUGAUGAGCUUGGGACGGAGAUGAUCGUCACCAAAGCCGGAAGGCGUAUGUUCCCGACGUUCCAGGUGCGACUGUACGGCUUGGACGCCGCCGCCGACUACAUGGUCAUGAUGGACUUUGUCCCUUGUGACGACAAGAGAUACAGGUACUCGUUCCACAGUUCCAGCUGGGUGGUGGCGGGAAAGGCGGACCCCUACAUGCCGGGCCGGAUCCACGUGCACCCAGACUCCCCCGCCAAGGGCGCCACCUGGACCAAGCAGAUCGUCUCCUUCGACAAACUCAAGCUCACUAACAACCUCAUGGACGACAACGGACAUAUCAUUUUGAACUCUAUGCACAAGUUCCAGCCCCGGUUCCACGUGGUGUACGUGUACCCGAAGUCUGAGAACUGUUCCACCAGCCAGAACUACAAGACCUUCAUCUUUCAGGAAACCAAGUUCAUGGCUGUCACCGCCUACCAGAACCACAGGAUAACCCAGCUGAAGAUCGCCAGUAACCCAUUCGCUAAAGGCUUCCGGGAUGUCGACCCCAAUGACUGCGGUAUGGCGGACGUGAUCUCCCAGAUGUCGCCCCACAGCGGCCAGCGUAAUCACAGCCGACCAAGCUCCCUCGUCAUGUCCCAGCAAGGCCGCAAGGGCUCGCCUACAUCGAAAGGACAAGACGAAAACAGAGAAGCUCAGCAACUUGAUGUCAUGUCAACUUCUGGAUUCACUACACCGAAUUAUAACGCUGCCUCCAUGCGGCUGCAAACGUCAUAUCCGGGACCGGACACGUUUGCAUACGCGCAAUAUGCGCACGACACGUACCUGAUGGCGGCCAAAACGCGGCCCUCCCCAUACAGCCGCCCAGGGGACUACACUUCCGGUUACCGAUCCUCGAACAUUAAGCUCCCGUACGGGCAGACCGGGGGUUACGGCUACCCCUUUGAUGCCAGGUGAGGCUGUCUCCAAUGUCAGGGACGCGUGAAAAUCUUGUGAUGAGGACUGGGCUGGCCAUCCGGCGCUGCACGUGACACAGUGUUAACCGAAUUAAGUGCCAUAAACGUGUUUAACGGAAUUACGAAUAAUUCAUCGUAAUGUGAUAAAUAACUGAAAUUAAUACUCAUGUGUAUUUAUUUUCGUAUGUCCGGUUGGUGCCAAAUGUAUUUUCUGCAACAGUUGAUACGCUGUUAAGAAACAGACGGUUUGACGUUUAAACGACGUUUUUAUUGUCGUAUCACAUUUAUCAUUAUUUUCAUCUGAAACAAAUACGCAAAGAAAAUAUAUCAUGGGUUGCUAUGUUCUUUGGUAUUUGAUUUUUGACAAAAUAAAUUAUUAUUAUGUUAUUGUAUC